AUGGAGCUUGCUGUGGUGCCAGUGGCUGGUGCGGGUACGCACCAGAGUACUGUGGCGAUGGAUGCCAAUCCAACUGCAACGCGACCGCGCAGUGUGUUUGGUUUCUGCGGAACGACCAGCGACUUCUGUGGAACUGGCUGCCAGUCUGAUUGUGACCAGCCAAAACCAAGGGUCCCAGAGGGCAAUGUUCGGAGCAGGAUUGUGGCUUACUGGGAGAGUUGGAACAGCAACCACGCCUGCGGUACUAUGGCUCCAGACGAGAUCCCUGUAUAUGACAUAACACACCUGGUCUUUGCAUUUGGCUACAUCGAACCCGAUGACUUCAAAAUCACCCUUAUGGAUGGCGUGGAUGCGCAGCUCCUUGACGAUGUCAGUUUUCUGAAGAAUAAAAACCCUGACCUCAGUAUCAUGAUCGCCUUGGGUGGCUGGACUUUCACUGACCCAGGGAAAUGGCAAAGUGUCUUCACAGACAUGGUGUCCACCUCCGGGUCAAGGCAGAAAUUCAUCAAGAACGUCCUAGGCUUUCUCGCCCAGUAUGGGUUCGACGGCGUUGACUUCGACUGGGAGUACCCCGGUGCAGAUGACCGUGGAGGGAAGCAGGGUGAUGGGGAAAACUAUACCAAACUACUGCAGGAGCUUCGAGCGGCCAUCAACGCUGCUGGCAAAGACUACCUAGUAACCUUCACAGCACCGACUUCAUACUGGUACCUCCAACAUUUCGAUCUGGAAAAUAUGAGUCAGUAUGCGGACUGGAUCAAUCUCAUGGCCUAUGAUCUUCACGGGGUCUGGGACUCCAACAACCCGAUUGGUAGCACGCUUCUCGCGCACACUAAUAUAACCGAAAUUGAUCUAGCCCUCGAUCUUUUUUGGCGCAGUAACGUCCCGCCCCAGGACAUUGUCCUCGGUAUGGCCUUCUACGGACGAUCGCUCAAGCUCAGGGAUAGUUCUUGUUGGAAGCCUGGCUGCCCAUUCACGGUGGCGGGUGACGAGGGAGAUUGUACCCAGACGGCGGGUAUACUUUCCUAUAAAGAGAUCAAGGACAUCAUCCAGUCAACUAACGCUAAGCCCUACCACGACGAGGAUGCUGCCGUCAAUUAUCUAGUCUACGGCCAGAAUAAUUGGGUCUCCUAUGAUGAUAACAAUACAUUCCAAGCCAAGAUUGACUUUGCCAAUAAACGUGGGCUGAGUGGCUUGAUGAUCUGGGCUAUUGAUUUGGACGACCCGACACGUUCUGCUCUGAGCGCGCUGACCGGAAACCCGGUAGAUGAUGCUAACCCCUUGGCUCUUGCAGACCUGGCAGGAUCCUCGACAGUUGGCCAUUCGACUAGUGACUCUUCCCAGUGUCGGGUCACCGUCUGCGGUGGCUUCUGUAAUCAGGCGGAAACUGCCGUUGGCAGAGUCAAAUCCCUCUAUGGUAAAGAUGCAUGCAGUGGAGAUGCAACCAAUUCACGUUGGGUCUGCUGCCCAGCAUGGACGAGUAUCACCAAAGACCAGUGCUAUUGGAAUGCCGGCGGUGGCGCCGUGAAGACUGAUUGCUCUGGCCAAUGUAAAACAGGCGACAUUCAGAUGUUUUCUGAUUCUUGGGGUUGGAAGGGUGACCUGCGUUUCGGUUCAUAUGAUUAUAGAUGUCUCCGAGGCGGUAAAGUCUUCUGCUGCAAUGUUGGAAAUAUGCAACAGUACCUGGACAUCUGCACAUGGACGGAAUGCGGAGGUUCGUGUCCAUACGACAAGCAGAACGUACUGACCAUCGACUCUGGCGGCCCCAAGGGUGCGGGUAAACGGUGCGAUGACUACGAUCCCAACGAUAUCAUAACCAACCCCGCUGGCUACAGUGAUGAUGACUAUGAUCCCAAAAAGGGCUCUAAAGCUCAUCGGAAGCUAUGCUGUCCCGAGAAAGACUCAUUCAAGAACUGUAGUUGGAAGAGCGGCAAAGGUUGCUCGCAACGGUGCGACAACGGACAGAUUACCCUGGAUCUGGAUCCUCAGGGCAAAGGAGGCCGCUACUGUGACAAUGGACGGCAGAAGGUUUUCUGCUGUGAUGCGCCUGGCAGGGCAAACCAGCCCUUUCUACCUGUCGACUUUGACAAGAUAUUUCCGCCUGAAUACCUUCCCUCUGCAGACGCCCAACCUCAGUUUGAAUUGAUCAAUUUCGGUGGCGCCGCCGGUAUAGGGGAUGCUCAUCCCGAUCUUACUGGUGUGGCCUUCUUCCUCAUGGCCGGUUCUAGUUCAGCGGUGUCGUCUAUGUCUAAGCGGGACAAUCCUGGCUUGCAUUUUCUCGACUGCCCCGAAGGUAUUCUUGACGCUCCGGUUGAGACCGCGCACACUGCUAGGGUGAUUUGCGUGGACCGCGAUGUGGAAGAGUGCUACCAAGUACAAGAGAAUGGUGUUGAAGGAACUAUCGUACACAUGCCUCGAGAGUGCGGAGGGGGAGGUUAUGUUAGGGCUGUGUCUCUGCAGCCAUCGCAUAACCAGUCUGUCCCCGCCCACCUGGCCUUGCGGAAUCCCACGUCCGUGGUGUAUGACUUCCGCUUCGACUACAAUAUGCCUCUGGUCCGCAGAGAUGCCGGCACAAUUUCUAUUCGCAUGGAUUACUCUAAUGUUGCCGGGUACUGGAAUGCGGUCGUUAACUCAGCAGGUACAACCUCAGGGGGCACAGACUCGAAGCGCGACCUCAAGGAACUUGUCGAACGGUUUUAUUCGGACAACAAGGACAACUGGUUUGCCAAAUUCGAUGCUCUAAGCCCGGAUACAAAGGGUUUCAGUGACCUUUCAAGCAAUAUAACUAUCGACCACCUCCUGUACUAUAACACUGAAAUGUGUCCAACUUCAGACGGCCAGCAAGGCGAAGGGAUCGCGGUGACAAUAGAAGGUGCACUCAACGCCGGUUUCUACUACGGUUUCUCGAUGAUUGCGACGUGGGACCCAAGCAGUACAGUCAAAGUCCAUGAAUCGGCUGGGUUUCUGAAUGUUGAUGGCUCGACAUCUGCCACAUUCACCGUCGCUGGGAUUGGAACCCUGGACUCUUCAAAGAUGAAUGGCGAGACCAUCACCAAGUCAUCUGGAAAAAGAACCCUGGCAGGUCAUUCACUUUAUCAUGGUUGGGCCUCAUUCGUCAGCUACAUGGAACAAGCCGUCCAGCUCAAGACUAUGGGCGAAACCAGCCAAGCCGUUUCCUUCAAUGGAUAUAUGGAGUCAAAGGCUGUGGCUAAAUGGGGGAUGAAGGGAUCGGUUUCGAACGUACACUUUCCAAGCGCUCCAUCUGGGAUUACAGCUCCGCCACUACAGAUCAGCCAGAGAAACAGCAUGACUCCUGUCGGCGAUAACAUUCCGUCAUCCGACAUUGCUCUUGGUCUCGAUAUUACAUUGGGGCUCAAGGUGACGUUGGCGUUUUCCAGACCUUGGUCAUCAGCAGUGGACGGGCGUAUGCCUGACAUGUCUGUCAAGCAGAGGCUUGCUGCCCACUUUGAGUUUUCGGGUGCCGGAAAUGAAGUUUGCCUGAAGUCUAGCAUAUACCAGACUCAAUAUGCUCUCCUUGCCGACGGUGAGUAUGUUGGUUGGGGUGGGAAUUCACUGAAUCAGUACGUCACCAAAGGUUCUCAAAUGGAUCAGCAGUGCUUCACACGUAGCUCAAACAGCCUAGCCUCUCGUUCAAGCUCAGAUCUUCUUGCCCUUGAAAAUAUAGGAGGCCAUAAGAAGGAAGGAGAGGAAGAAACAGAUGAGGAGGAGGAAAAGGAGAAAAGAAAGAAAAGACAAACCAACUCUACUCCGCGCGGAGAUUACAAUGGCUUUGAAGGACUUCCCCAUUUGACGGACCUUAUCAACAGUGAGGCAGCAGGCAGUUCGCGCCUCUCAGUUCCUGAUAUCAACUGCAAUGGCUGUGGUUCUUGUGUCAUAAGUUUGAAUGCGGAUAAUGACUGCUGUGAUUGUGCCUGGCUGGGGCCCGAGGAUCUCGAUGACGACCUGUGGGGGUAUGUGUCAGUCUCUGGACUCCUGGGCUCUUCGGUAUAUAAACGAGCUAUUGAGGAGAAAUUCUCUGAUCUGGUUGCACGCGCCGGCGGCAUAUCCACUGGGACAAAGGAAACCAAAUUUUGGAAUCCAGCGGUGGAUCCCACCCAUCCAGACUCCUCUAAAGCCAUUGUCAUUGAGUCCGAGCCGUAUCCGCAAUACCCUGAUUACUGGAGAAACCCACAGACAACCAAAAACUUCGAUACCUCUCCCUAUACGGGUGUCAAGAAGUACUUUCACAACUCCAGCGACUCAUGCACUUCCUUUGAUGUGGCGCAAUUUCCCAGCUACGACCUCAUGUAUCCUUGGCCGAAGCCUGACAACAAUGGAAAUGCCCACAAACGUGGGGUUGGUUACCAUCAACUGUACCAGACGGAGCAUGUUUUUGAGGCUCAAACAAUUGCAAGAUUCUUCAUGGCCUGGAUGCCAUACCAUGCGACGAACACCCGGCCAGCUUUGUGGAGCGAGAGAUAUAUCCUACAGGAUAUUCCUACCCAACCUCUGAACGGCCAGGCCUGGGUCCACCUGAUGAUUGAUGAAAUCGGUUCGGUUGAUAAUCAAAAUCGCCUGACUGUCUUUCUCUCGCGCCCUAACUCCAAGAAAGGCAAAUUGUUUGGAGGACACGCAUCCAUCACACAAUCAAGGUUCGGCCAAGAUCAGAAAGGCGGCGAUCAGCUCUUAGAGGCACGAGAAGUGGGUAUGAUAUUCACUUACAUGAACUUGGACACAGUAUGGCAGUCAUUCUGUGACACACAUAAUGGUGUUAUGGACGUGCUUCGCCGCUUUGAUUCUUGGUAUCAAAGCUACACUGGUACUGUUAGCAACCUGGCCGAUGAAUGGCCAAAGUUCAUUCGAAGUGAGUUGGAUAUGGUAGUAACACAAGCGAGAAGUGAUCUGAAAAUGAUGAACGAGAAACGGAAGUUUGCAGGAGCUGCUUAUACGCAACGAUGGGGCACAAUCAUGGCUGUUAAUGGGGGAGAAAUUCAGAAGGUUAAGCUGGAUCGUACUGAUAAGUGCACAAAUCUUCCAGCCUCGACCAUUGGAGUGUUUACAGGGUAG